UGCUCACAGUCACGUGCCCCGCGCCCUGCUGGAGCGGGGUGGUUGGGUCUGGCAGGGGCCGCUGCACUAGGCGACGCGGCGGCUGCGCCGGGCUCCGGGCGGGCAGGCGGGGGGUGGUAGCAGCGCUGAGCGAUGGCCGGGGAGGACGGAGCCGCCGCCCCCGAGGCUGUGCAGCCCCGCGCGGACCCGAGCCCGGGCACUGGCGGCGGCUACGAUGGCAAGUGCGUCUUCUGCAGGAUCGGCCGUGGGGAGGAGCCGGGCACCGCGCUGCUGCCCUGCGAGUCUGAAGGCCUAGUCUGUUUUAGAGAUAUCAGACCUGGGGCUCCACACCAUUAUCUAGUAGUGCCAGUAGAGCAUAUGGGAAACUGCAAGACUCUAAAGAAAGAGCACAUACCACUAGUGGAGAAAAUGAUGGAAGCUGGAAAGAACAUUCUUCAGCAAAAUAAUUUUACUGACUUGAACGAUAUAAGGAUGGGAUUCCACUGGCCUCCAUUCUGCUCAAUAUCUCACUUACAUCUUCAUGUCCUGGCCCCAGCCAGUCAGUUGGGAUUCUUGUCCAGGAUGAUAUACAGAAUCAAUUCCUAUUGGUUUAUCACGGCUGAACAGCUGAUUGAACGACUGCAGACUGAAAAUGCUGCCAGUUGAAAGCACCUUGCCUAGUUCUGGAUCGCAAAUCAAUUUAGAUUUUGUUCUUUGAACUCUGAUUAAGAUUAUACAGUUUGGUGCAACUAUUUGUUAGGGUUUUUUUUAAGAAAAGGAAAAGCUUGAAUUGAUUGUCUAUUCCUUCAGGGCAAGAAACUUUUGAUUGUCUACCUAAUUCUUAAUGUAUGUAUACUCAAGUUUUCUGAUAAUAGAUGCAAAAUAUUUGACUGGAAAAUAGAGUAAUUUAUAAAACACUAGUCCUAGUAAAACAGAGUAUAAACAGUAAUGGUUUGAAUGUAUUAAAACUGGGAAAAUUUUCAACAGUAACUAUUAAUAGCAUGUACACUGUACCAAGUUGAAUGCUUAAAAGUGGAAUCUAGCUUUUUUAUUUUAAAAAAAUUGGGGAAUGCAAUAGUGUUUAAAACGUACAGGUUUCCUUUAGUACUUGCAAGAGUCAUGCUGGUGAUGUCUAGUUCUGAGUAGGUACAGUGCUAAAGAUAGACACUACUGUUUUUUGGUGCUAAACCAUCACUGUAUCUUGCAUGGUAAUGGUCUGUAGCAAGUGCUAAACAUAACAUAUUGAGCCCAGAAUAUGAUGAUGCUUUAGAACAUAGAAUUUAGUUUAAAUGUGUGUAGGAAUGUUUAUAUGAUGGACUUGGAUUAAGAUUGUUACUCACCUUGAAUAUUAAUUCUCUAAAUAAUUUAACUAUACAUUUAAAAAUCUUGUCAAGAGUUUGGAUGGAUUGAAUUAACACACUUGCCUCUGGGAAUCAAGUUUUAACUAGAACCUAGAUUAAGGACUUGUCUACACAGUGCAUUAGUCAGCACUAGAAGAGCGGGGUGUAAAUUCUAGUGUACAUUACUCUGUUGCAUACUAACUAGCCUGUGUGGCUCCUGCUGGAAUGCACUAAAAGAUCCCUAGUGUGUGUGAAUGUAGUCCUGUUUCAAACAGUACUACAUUCACACACACUAGGGAUCUUUUAAUGCAGUGGUCCCCAACGCGGUGCCCGUGAGCGCCAUGGCACCCACUGGGGCAUCUAUCUGCGCCUGCCUACUGGCCCACGGACAAGCAUCCGCCGAAAUGCUGCCGAAAAGCAGCAACGUCAAGAGGCGUUGCUGCCGAAAUGCCGCUGAAAAGCAGCGUCAUCAAGAGGAUUGACACUGAUUUUCGGCAGCAUUUCAGUGGUGACGCCUCUUGACGUUGCCGCUUCUCGGUGGCAUUUCGGCAGAUGCUUGUCUGCCGGCCACUGUCCUCUGUGUCUCGGCGCCCGCCAGAUGAAAAAGGUUGGGGACCACUGUUUUAGAGCAUGCCAGUGAGGUUCACAUGGGCCAGUUAGUUUGCAACAUGGUAGUGUGCACUAGAAUUUUACAUCCUUCUCGUGCAGACGAACACACUGGGUAGACAAGCCCUAACAUAUGGUUCUACUGAAUGUCACUUGGAUUUACUUAUGCCGUGGCUAAAUUUGACUCCUAACUAUUAUAGGUCACAAGAUAAAUUGUUCACUGAUGGUAGGUCUUGUUGUUCUUGAGCUCACCACACACAACUACCAUAUAAUCUGAUAGAUUUUGGCAUAUCUGGGACAUCUGGCAUAUCAAAGCCCAAAUCUGAAAUAUUCAUGUGAUGCGGUGUCAAAGAGUUGCAUGAGGAGGUGUUCACAGGGCCUGUCUGCACUGUGCCUGGCUUUGGCCAGUGCUGUCGGUCCCUCAUUUUUAUUAAUUCCGAUAAUUUGAAAAGAAGAUAAAAUUUCAGGACAAUAAUUUUAUCCCUUGUUUGUUUGGUGUUUUUUUGUUUGUUUCUACCAAACCAUUUUGCAUUUACCUAAUUGAAACCAGUGCCCUUAGCAUCUAUGUGUUAACAGCCAAGGUAGUGGUUAUCCAUUACACCUGCAGGUUUCUCUGAGAAGUCUUGAAGUGCUUGCCACGGAUCCUGUUGCCUUACUGAUGCAAUGUUUUGUAAUGUUUAUUUAUGUAACACCUUACUUGUAUAUAGUACUUGAAGUGUUAAGAAUAUGCAGACCAAAGAACAAAAUUCCCUGCCAUAAAGAGCUUGCUUCUGUCUAUCUUUUCUCUGAGACAUUGCACUUAGGCUAUCUCUGCAGUUGGAGCUGAGGGUGUGGUUCCCGGACCUACCUGUGCUAGCUUUGCUUAAGUUAGCAUGCUAAAAAUAGCAGUGUAAUUUAUGGUAGGGGGGGAGGCGUGAGCUUGUGGCAUGAGCUAGCUGUCCUGCUUGUAUCCCACCCAGACCCAGUGGUUACCUUCUCAAGGCAGCUAGCCCACGCUGCCACUUGCUGCUGCCUGUGUGACUCUGGCUACACUGCUAUUUUUAGCAUGCUAGAUUGAUCAAAGCUAGCACCGGUACAUCUACCGGAGCUGGGAAAGCAUCUUCAGCUCCAAAUAUAGAUGCAGUGUUAGUGUCUUGAUCCUCUUGUUACAGGGGAUUGUCUUGUAACUUACAGUACUUUGGAGUCUGGUUUAUUUCAGAAUGGUGCUAGGAAGACUUUGAUUCAUUCCUUUCAAUAAUUGGGGAUCAACUCACACAUCCUAACUUGAUUAAAAUAUUAGGAUGCCAAUAUAUUAACAUCUUUUUUAAAACAGUGUUAAAAAUACUGCUCAUGAAUAUUGUGGUAGUGAGUUAAUUUAUGUAACUAUACUUAACUGAUAUGCAUCAUUACAAGCUACUUUUAUGAGCCAGUUUUAAAAUAUUGUGGAAAAGCUUAAUAAAAACCAGAAGUAGUAAAUGUUAA